UCUUGAUCACUCUACGGACCAACAUAUUCACUCGCUCUCAGCAACUGACAGUCAGCCGUUCACAAAAUGGGUAACGGAGCCAAAGCACAGCAAAAGCGUGAUCGCAAGGGCGACGCCGGCCCUAAGGAGGCGAAGAGCCAACUGAAAACAAACGUGGCCGCCCAAAGCAUCAAGUGCAAGACCUGCUUUCAGACCUUCCAGGGCACCACCAGCCGCAAGCUGCUCACCGACCAUGCCUCGAAUAAGCACAGCAAAGACUUCGGCGACUGCUUCAACGCUGACGAGGGCGUCUCGAAGUAAGCGGAUGUACAAAGAACCGACGAGGAUAGCAAUAUAGAGGCGUGCGAUUUAUGCGAGCAUAAGAUACCACAACUGAUGAGCGGGGAAUGCUUGGAAGACGUCAUGACAUUUAGACAGCAGUAAAGAUGAUAUGGUGCAAAGGCGUAGGG